AUGGCAGCUUAUGAGCAUUCCCUGACCAAAAUACGGACCAAAAUUCGCCUUAUCACUGCCGCCCCAUGGCUAUGGGAUUUGGAUAAUGAUGAAGCGGCCAAUAUCGUGGAGCGAAAACGACGAUGGUCCAGACAAUUAAUCCCCGGACCGGUUCCCCGAAGUAAAAACGUAGUCGAUCAAGUCUCAACUGCCAACGUCGCCAACGAAGCUAGGGGACGGCCUAACAGCAAGAACAACAUUGUUUCCGCAGACGGAGCCGGCUCAAGUAUAACCACGACGGGAAAUGCUCGAGCAGUGCCAAAGAAAUCACCACCCCAUGGAGCCAAUAGUCUUGUGGCUGGCAGAGCCACGUUCACCACGCCCAUGGUGCGUGGGCCACUGGCGUUCUGGUUACGAAGCCUUGCUCGAAAUGCGUGUCCGAUGGUCGAGCGUACAAGGUGUAUGCAGAUGGACAGCAUGGGUGGAAGUAUACGCGCUACAGGUUCCGGCCAUGGCCAUGCGAUGCCGAGCGGCCGUGACCGGUUUCUCGCGUAUCUCAUGAAGGAAGGACGACGAAGAGUAAAGGAGGGGAGACAGGGAAUCCAAACGGCUCAGCUCGGCCCGUCCCGCGGGCCUUACCAAAAUACCGCAUAUUUAAAAAUAUUAAUGUUUAAAUGGGUAUUGAAUUAUGAUGCAUAA